AUGGAAGAUAUCGGUGUCAAAGUACCCGCCGACCAUGUCGAAGGCAAAGUCGACGUGGGCGACUUGAAGAACGACAGGGCCAACAAGAUCCUCAGCGAAGCAGCCGGACAACGCAUCGUCCUCACCCCCGAGAACAACUCUCGAGUCCUGAGAAAGAUCGAUUUAUACAUACUCCCAGUGGUGCUUGGGAUCUAUUUCCUGCAGGCUUUGGACAAGGCCACAUUGGCCUACGCCUCGGUGUUUGGCCUUGUCGAGGACACCAAUCUCGUCGGACACGAGUAUUCCUGGCUGGGCGCUGUCGUCUACCUGGCGCAGCUAGUGGCGCAACCUUUGAUCGCCUAUGCCCUGGUCAAGUUGCCGCUGGGGAAGUUUCUCGCCGUCAUCGUCUUGCUCUGGGGUAUUUCCUUGUCAGCCAUGCCAGCAGCGCACAACUUUGCAGGCUUGCUGGUGUGUCGAUUAUUCCUGGGCCUGUUCGAGGCCGGUGUGGCUCCCGCUUUCAUCGCUCUCACUCAGAUGUGGUGGCGGCGACGAGAGCAACCCGUCAGGCUCGGAGCCUGGUAUGCGAUGAACGGCAUCACCAACAUUGUUGGCUCCCUGUUGACGUAUGGAAUUGGCCAUAUUCACUCGAGUUCACUUAAGCCCUACCAGAUUAUUUUCCUGUUCUUUGGCUUAAUCACGGUUGUUUUCUCCGUGGUAGUUUGGUUUUUCCUCCCGGAUUCUCCUAUUACCGCGCAUUUCCUCAAAGGCGAAGACAAGUUGAUUGCCAUCGAGAGGUGGGCUGACCUGCUACAUGAUGUUGUCAGUGACCUCCGGCUAACUCUAGCUAGGCUGAGGGCAAACAACCAGGGUGUCGAAGGUACCGAAUGGAAAUGGACCCACGUCAAAGAAGCAGCCCUCGAUAUCAAGACAUGGCUUUGGGCGGCUAUGAUGUUUACCAUCUCUGUGCCGAGUGGCGGCGUCUCGACCUUUGGCCCCCUGAUUGUGAAGAACUUUGGCUUUGAUCAGUUCGAAACGAUUCUUCUGAACAUGCCCUUUGGUGCCGUCCAGCUGAUCGCCACCAUGGGCGGUGCAUGGGCUGCAACGGCCCUGAAGCUCAAGUCUCCCGUCCUGGCAUUCCUCAGUCUCCCACCCAUUGCAGGCUGCGCCAUGCUUUUGCAUCUUCCGCGGGAUGCAUCGGCCAAAGCGCCACUGUUGGUGGCCUACUACUUGAAGAUCCAGAUUUCAGUCUAUCCCGGCAUCACACCAUUGAUUUAUUCCUGGUCUGCGGCAAACACAGCUGGGGAGACGAAGAAGAAGGUCACGACUGGCGCACUCUUCAUCGCCCAAUGCGCCGGCAACGUGCUUGGACCCAAUCUAUAUACAACGGGAGAAGCACCGCUCUAUCACCGCGGAUUACUGUCUAAUCUUGCCCUCUUUGUCGUCCUUAUUGGCCUCUACGCCGCCCAGGUUUGCUAUUUGCUCGUGCUCAACAAGCGACAUGGGAAGACAAGAGAGAGUAUGGGCAAGCGCGCAAUCUUGGUCGACAAAUCGAUGAACCGGGUUCGAGCAGCGUCAACGGAGGGCGCUUCUGAAGAGCAGGACGAAGACAUGACGGGCCACCAGGCGUUUAAUGACAAGACGGACUGGGAGAAUGAGGAUUUCAUUUUCGUCUAUUAG